UUUAUUUAUCUACCAAGGAACGUGUAUAGGUUUGCACCAGUUUUUGAGAUAUAUAAAAAUCUUAAGUUGAUAAGUAGUUAUCAAAAAUACAUGGGGGUAGACAAAGUUUAUGUUUUUUAUUUCUUUAUACAAAGUUGUAAAUAGCAUUCCACUUUAUGACAUUACAUAAGCAUCCACAGGCAAAUUAGUCCUAGCCAUACCAGCCACCUGUAGGUUAUAAGUUCACUUUUAUUGCUCUAAUGUGGGGUGGUUUUGGGUUCAGGCCCCCAACACUGCGAACUGGCCACAUCACUAACAGGCUAAUCCCUAUCAAGGUGAGUUAAUAGGCCAAUAUGAUCCUCACAAUGUAAACAUCCAGCACAAAGUUAAAUGUGUAGCUUCAUGUACUUAUGUAACAUUUAUCACUUACAUUGUAUUUUUGUUAAAAUAAUAAAUACAUUAAUGAGUUUGUUACUUACAGUACAUACCCAGAAAUCCUAUUUCUUGGUCAUGAAGCAGUAGAGUGAACACACGUAGCAUAGGUAAAGGGGUCAGCUUCAGACUGAACUGGGAUUCUUUGCAACAGUACGAUAUUAAGCUUACAUAUUUACAGGAUGGCUGCAGUAACGCUCUGUGUCGCACGGCUUUUCCAUCCGAUGUUUAUGGAAUGUUAGAUAUGAAUCAGCUAUGCGGGAGUUAUUUCGUGCUUUCCUUUUAGCGGUUACAUUGGUAAGUUGGGAUCAUUUUCAUUUUACUGUAACGUGCACAGCCAAAUUCGGACUACUUAGAUAUUUCGUGGUAAGAGCGUAUCUUUGGCACGCAAGCGAAUAUUUCCAUUCUCACGCAACAAGUCACCUUACGCACCCCCUGAGUCUGCCUAGUUUUCCUUCUGUCACGCAACCGCAAAUCCUUCACACGCAACGAAGUACUUCAGCGGACUUUAGCAACAAGCGAUCAGCGCACUCGUCGUUGAUUGGCCGGAAAAUAUAUUGCCUUGCCCAUGGAAACAUGCCGCGCUGACGUAGCUGUAAGGGCGAAAAAACACUUAUUCCCUCCCACUGUUUUACUUUAAAAGCAGGGUGGCAGAUGUGUUUGGAGAAGAUUAGAGGAGAAAUAAAACGAGAUGCAGGGCCAAGGAACUGAUGCAGGGGGGAGGGAGGAACUUGUUGAUGGCGUGGGGGGCGUGUGCUUCGUGCCUUCUGUGAUGGAGCGGUGGAGAGAGCUCCAGGAAUUCCAGGCCAGACCAGAUGAUACUCUUAUUGCCACAUUCCCUAAAGCAGGGACAUCAUGGGCAAUAGAGAUGGUGGAUGUCGUAAGGAGAGGGGGUGACAUAUCGGGGUGCCUGCAGAUCCCUUCAAUGAUGAGAGCUCCUUUCUUGGAACUGAACCCACCCCCGCCGUUUCCCUCUGGAAUAGAUAUUUUGCAGAAUCAACCCUCUCCACGCCUAAUAAAAACUCAUCUCCCCUUCCAUCUCCUGCCUCCCUCAUUUGUGGAUCAGAACUGCAAGAUGGUGUAUGUGGCACGCAAUGCCAAAGACACAGCAGUGAGUUAUUUUCACUUCCACCGAAUGAAUAAGAAACUUCCAGAACCUGGAGACUGGAACCAGUUUUUUGAUAGUUUCCUCACUGGACAAGUGGCCUGGGGUUCAUGGUUUGACCACGUGACUGGCUGGUGGAAGGAGAAGAACAACCACAGGAUACUCUACCUCUUCUUUGAAGACAUAAAAGAGAACCCUGCACGGGAGAUUGCGAAGCUGUCCAACUUCCUCAGCAAGAAGCUUGAUCGGGAAGCAGUUGACCGGAUAAUUGAGCACACGUCCUUCAAAAAUAUGAAACAAAAUCCGAUGACCAACUUUAGCUUACUUCCUGCAAAUAUUUUUGACCAAUCGGUAUCCCCCUUUAUGAGGAAAGGCGAGGUUGGUGACUGGAAAAACAUGUUCACUGUAGCACAAAAUGAAAGAUUUGAGAAGGAAUACCGCCAGCUGAUGUCAGACCGGGGCCCAUCGUUUCGCAUGGAGUUGUGAGAAUACACAGAUGAAAUGCGUGAAAAUUGCAGCAUUUAUGCUCUUUAAAUUGUACUUCAUUAUAAUACAGAAAUCACUAUGUACUCAGUAGUUAACAUUUACGCAACACAAAAUUUCUGUAUUUUUUCUAUUAAAAAUAUUAAUUUUAAAGCUUUAAAGUUGUAAUUAAGUACAGGCAGUCUCAGGUAACGAACGAGAUCCGUUCCUAAGUCUGUCUUAAGUCAAAUUUGUAGCUAAGUUAACCGCAAAGUGAUCUGACUUAAAAUGGCAGCGCCGACGGACCACUUAAACCAUGCAAUGUUUUCAUGAGCAUCAUAAAGUAGUGUGUGUGGUCAUGAUUACAAACCACUGUGCUUAACUCAAUGUUUCAUAUAAUAGGCUCUAUGGCAGUUUGUUUGUAAACUUGAGCUGUCUGUAAAUCUGACGUUCUUAACCUGGGAACUAAACUGUAUUAGCAGCUUGGAAAAUGGAAGAAUGAUUAUCAUUUUUUAGAGCUUUGACAUCUCAUGACAGUUCUUAUUUUUCUAAAUCAGUGAAAUAUAGCACAUGAAUUUAAAGUGUUUUGUAUAUGGAAUGUAAAGGACAUGCAUGCGCCUUUAUUAAAUGAAGAAGGUUCUCACACUAAAUGCUGCUGUACGUAUACAUUUUAUAGACCUGAUGAAAAUUCAGUGGGAUACUAUUUCGGCUGUUCAAUAAAUGUGUAUGGUGCUUAUAUGGAA